UGGUACCUGAAACAUGACCCACAUUUAGCCUGUAUGGCAGAGGUUAUACUGUGACAGAGAGAGCAACAAUGAAAUACUAAAGAAACAAAGAGCCCACGUUGUAGCCUGAGAUUGAAAAGAGACGACAACAUGGUGUAAUCCCUUUGGCUAGAGUUGCUGACGGGGGAUAACCUUUUUAAAAUGUCCCCUCUGUACGCCCCCCCUCCAGCCCCAGCCUGUCUUUCUCCACACUGACUGACUGACUGAACUGUUACUAUGCCCAUAAAGACACCUGCUCUCACCAACACAGGAAACCACAACCAGCAGCACCUGACCGACACCGAGGAACUUCCCUAAAAAACCUCAAAUCACUCCUCGUUGUUUUCUCCUCGCUGAACCAGAAAAUAACAGGGCGACACUCAAAGAAAAAGAGACGUAUACUGAGACCAGACCAUCCUCAGCUCAUCCACUGCGGGACCAAGAACACAACGGAGCGGUCGCAUCAUGAUUGAGAGUGACAGAGAGCUGUCUGCCAUGGUGCAGGAGCUGUGGGACAACGACGUCAACAGACUGAAACCUGGAACAGACUACAGGAUCUCUCUGCAGGGCAAAGCUGGAGACAGCAUGGCCAUGAACGACAACAACGAUGGUGCAGGAUAUCCUCUGUUUACAUUUGUCGAUGAGAACAUUUUCAAAAAGGAGACUUUUUUAGCCUUUAUCUCCCUGUUGGAUAACUAUGUGAGUGACACCGGCGAGCCAGAAAUUGUAACCCCUGAGGAGAUUGCAGAGAACCACAAAUUCCUGGACUCCAUCAUUAAGUCUCCAACUAUGAAGUUAGCUCAUAAAUACCUGGUAGAGAAGCAGCUCUCUCCAAAGGACGAUACACAAUUCAAGGAGCAGCUGUACAGGAUCUGGUUUGAACUUUACGCAAGGAGAGGAUCCAGCAAGCCAGACUCCUCCGGAUUUGAACACGUGUUUGUUGGAGAGACCAGAGGAGGGCGGACUGUCAUCGGCUUUCACAACUGGAUCCAGCUCUACCUACAAGAGAAGCUGGGACACAUUGAUUACAAAGGUUACAGCGUAAAUGCAAAUUCACCCCAGCCCGACCCGAACAAACACAUCCUGGCCCUACAGUUCAGCUGGAAGGACGGUAUAAAGCCCAAGGGCAGCAUCUUCAUCGGCGUCAGUCCUGAGUUCGAGUUUGCCCUCUACACUCUCUGUUUCCUGACCUCGCCUAACGAGCGCGUCAAAGUCCAGUUCAGUUUCUACGACGUGGAGAUUGUUUGCCACCACUACAACCAAAAGCACAUAGGCACCACGUACCCUGUGCUCCUUAAGUACCGGAAACCCACCCAGUAACUUGACUAGAAAUCAAUCUGAGGUUCUCCAACACUUGAGCUUGCAUACAAGGUGUCACAGGUAUUGUUGUUGUCUUUUUAUUUUAGAUAAAGAUACAA